GGUGGGUGGGUGGGAGCCCGCCUGUCCCUGUCAGCGACUUCUCCCUAGGGUGGCAUCUCUCUCAGUGAAGCCCGCCCCGGCUCCUCUCACUGUUCUUCCGCCGCUAGACUUGGCGCUGUGACGCCAGGAGGGCAGGGUUAGCUCGCUGUUCGGUUCAUGACCGUAUCUAGUAGUUCGAACGGCGCCAGGUGCGCGGUCAUGGAGGACACUCAGGCUGUUAACUGGGAGGCUGAAGAGGAGGAGGAGACAGAGAGACCCAGUGACUCCUUGGGGUGUAGCCUGGAGCCCCUAGGGCGACUGCAUGUCUUCAGUAGUGCUCACGGACCAGAAAAAGAUUUCCCACUCUACCUCGGGAAAAACGUGGUAGGCCGAAUGCCUGAUUGCUCUGUGGCCCUGCCCUUUCCAUCCAUCUCCAAGCAACAUGCAGUGAUUGAAAUCUUGGCCUGGGACAAGGCACCUGUCCUCUGGGAUUGUGGGAGCCUCAAUGGUACUCAAAUCCUGAGGCCUCCUAAGUUCCUGAGCCCUGGGGUGAGUCAUCGUCUGAGGGACCAGGAGUUGGUUGUCUUUGCUGACUUGCCCUGCCAGUACCAUCGCCUGGAUGUCUCCCUGCCCUUUGUCUCCCGGGGCCCCCUAACUGUAGAGGAGACACCCAGGGUACAGGGAGGAACUCAACCCUGGGGGAUCCUAUUGGCUGAGGACUCAGAAGAGGAAGUAGAUCCUCUUUCUGAAAGGUAUGUGGCAAAUGAACCAAGGACCAUGUCCUCCCUUUUGGCAACAGUCGUUCCAGAGAGUGAUGAAGAAGGGCCUUCUUCUGCCCCAGAUGGCCCUGGGCCACCUUCUGCCUUCAACUUAGACAGUGACACAGAUGAGGAAGAAAGUCAGCAACCAGCAGCAGGGUGGGCCUCCUCAGCUGCCACAAGAGAUGCUACUGCAGAGACAGAACAGCCUGAGGCUGUCAGAACUGAAAUCCAGGUUGAAAAGGAUCCGUCUUUGGGGCAGGAGAGGAACAGUGACAUAAGAGUCAAGAGAGAUGCAAGCAAUGGGGUGAUUCUGGAGAGGAGCCAGCCCCCUGGGGAGGACAGUGAGACAGAUGUGGAGGAUGAGAGCAGGCCUCCAGGAAAGCCAGCUGAGGGUCAUCUCGAAAGGGCCCAGCCUUCUGGCUUCAUAGACAGUGAUACUGACGUGGAAGAAGAGGCGAUUCCCACGACCCCAGCUGUGGUGCCCAUGAAAAGAAGGCAGAUCUUCCAUGGAGUUAAUGCAGAGAGUCCUGGGGGACCUGACCUGGCACAUCUUCACGAGAGCCCGGCUGGCAGUGAGACAGAUGUGGAGGAGGCUGAGGCCCCACUCACGGUCCCUCUGGAGCGAAGCCAAGCCUCCAUGGUGAGCAACAGCAAUGUAGAUGAUGAGGAAGGAGUGUCAGCAGCACUCACUUUGGUGCAUCUGAAGGAGAGCCGAGCCACUGCCUGGAACAGAGAUACAGAUGUGGAAGAGGACAGAGCCCAACCUCCGGCUUUUCUUGAGCAAAGCCAAACCUCUACUGGGAGAGACAGUGACACAGACAUGGAGGUGGAGGGGUUCCCAGUGGAAAAGAGAGGAUAUGUCCCCAAGAGUCACACAGACAAAGCUCAGCCAGAAAAGAGCCCGCCUCCUUUCGGGGACAGUGACAGAGAAGUGGAAGAAGAGAAGAGCUCACCCGGAGUCCUGGAGAGAAGCCAGGCCUCUGCCACAGUGGGCAUCAACACACCCUUGGAAGAGGAAGUCUCCCCGGGGCCAGCUGUUACUCUCCCAGGGAAGCAUGAGGUGCCUGUGGCAGGCACAAAUCCAACAAAUGUGGAAGCAGAAGGGGGCCCAGCAAAGCUGCCUGCCGUGCACCUAGAGGAAGCCCAGCCUCCUCCAGGUGGGUACUGUGGAACAGAUGCUGCGGAGGGUGCAUCCUCCGCAGUGGCAGGUGUAAGAAAGAGCCAGCUUCCAGCAGAAGGGGAUGCUGGGACAGAGUGGGUUGUUCCUGUUCUUCAGCCAGAGAGAGCUCUUGAGGCAGCAGCCCAGGGUGGGUCACCUUUAGCACAAGUAGAACAGGACCAUCUCCUUGUCUCAAGGGAGAACCUAACAGAUCUCUUGGUAGACACAGGUACUGCAGGGGAACCCACCCAGGCACAGAGAAAGGGAGCCCAGCCCCCCAGAGAAAGUGGGGGAGAACCACAUGUGGACAUGACCAAGAACUGUGGACACAGCCAUGAUGAUUCUGAAGAUCUAGACCAACAAGCUACCCAGUGUUUUGUGGAGAGAGAGAACCAGAGCCCGGAAGCAGUCCCGCGCAUGGAGGAUGAGCCCACCCAGGCCUUCCUGUUUACUCCACCCCAAGAGCCUGGCCCUUCCCAUUGCAGCUUCCAGGCCUCAGGUGGCCUGGAUGAGCCUUGGGAAGUCUUGGCUACACAGCCAUUCUGUCUAAGAGAAUCUGAGGCCUCUGAGACCCAGCCCAUUGCUACCCACCUGGAGGCCCAUGGAUCUUGCCCCUUGUCACCCAGGCCAACACCUCAAGACCAACAUCUGGAAAACCCAUUUCACGCAGAGCCAUUGGGGAUUCAAGGCGGAGGGUUGCAGACUUCGGAGAAAGGCAUAGGACCCCUGAAUUGCAAGAUGUCCCCGGCUGAGAAGGCUUCUAGGGGUGAUCCAGGAUCCCUAGAUGUUUGUCUGCCUCCAGCAGUCCCUGAAGCCUCAGCCCCAGUCCAAAACUCCCUCAUCCCUCAGAGCCAAAAACAUCUUGCUUCUCAGCCCCUCUUUGCUCCAUCUCCACCUUUAGAGUCGCCCAUUCCCAGCUCCAGGCAAAAUGGGAGUCAGGAAGCUCUGGAGAAUCCCUUGUCCUCAGAGCUGGACCCUCUUCAUGCAAAAUCCAAAUGCAGGCCCCAGGGGUGCUCCAGGAUGACACCCUCUCCAGCUUCUAUAGCCCCUGAGCUCCACCCUGCCACCUCCAGAGAGCAGCCUGUCCCCCCUGAGCCCACAUCUCGGGCCACGCGGGGCAGGACACAUAGGGCCUCUGUCAGGACCCCUGAACCGACUGUCCCCACAGACCAGCCUGUCCCCCCUGAGCUCACAUCUCAGGCCACGCGGGGCAGGACACAUAGGGCCUCUGUCAGGACCCCUGAACCGACUGUCCCCACAGACCAGCCUGUCCCCCCUGAGCUCACAUCUCAGGCCACGCGGGGCAGGACACAUAGGGCCUCUGUCAGGACCCCUGAACCGACUGUCCCCACAGACCAGCCUGUCCCCCCUGAGCUCACAUCUCAGGCCACGCGGGGCAGGACACAUAGGGCCUCUGUCAGGACCCCUGAACCGACUGUCCCCACAGACCAGCCUGUCCCCCCUGAGCUCACAUCUCAGGCCACGCGGGGCAGGACACAUAGGGCCUCUGUCAAGACCCCUGAACCGACUGUCCCCACAGACCAGCCUGUCCCCCCUGAGCCCACAUCUCAGGCCACGCGGGGCAGGACACAUAGGGCCUCUGUCAAGACCCCUGAACCGACUGUCCCCACAGACCAGCCUGUCCCCCCUGAGCCCACAUCUCAGGCCACGCGGGGCAGGACACAUAGGGCCUCUGUCAGGACCCCUGAACCGACUGUCCCCACAGCCCCUGACCUUGAACCUCCGACCCCUACAGACCAGCCUGUCACCCCCAAGGCCAUAGCUCAGGGUGGUCGGAGCAGGACACUGAGGUCUACAAGAAGUGCUGUGCCAGUUCCUACCACCCCUGAAUCCCAGUCUCCUUUCCCCACAGACCAGCCUAUUCCCCCUGAGCCCAUCCCUCAAGCCAAUUGUAGCAGGAGGCCAAGGGUCGCUAGGCAGCCCCUCGCAGUUCCCAUUGUCUAUGAACCCUGCUCUGCACCCCUUGAACCUAACGCCUGGUCCUCAAGGAGCCAAAGGCGAGGAGCAGUGAGAGCAACCAAGUCCCUUAGGACCAUUCCUGAGCCUGCCUUUGCCCAGCUUCCUGGGGCGCCCACUCAUGCUCUCCAGAUCCAAAAGAUAGAGGCAACAGGUGGAUAUGAGUUCAGCCCAGGGUCCCCGCCUAAGGCCUUUCAAAACCACAAGAAGCCUUCAGAUACUGUGGAUUCACCCCCACUUCCAAAACGGCUGCGAAGAGAAGUCCCUCAGAAGACAGUGGUCCUCAAGGAAGAAGAGGAAGAGAAGCCAGGGAAGGAAGAGGAUGUGGUGAUGCCAGGACCAGGCAAGAGAAAGAGAGACCAGGCUGAGGAAGAGCCCAAAGGAAUGCCAGUCCGCAGCCUCCGACAGACUAAACCUAGCCAUGAGUCCGCAGCCCCCAAAGUGCUCUUCACAGGAGUGGUGGAUGCCCGUGGAGAGCAGGCAGUGCUGGCCCUGGGGGGAAGUCUGGCCAGCUCAGUGGCAGAGGCGUCCCACCUGGUGACUGAUCGAAUCUGCCGGACAGUCAAGUUCCUGUGUGCCCUAGGGCGGGGGAUCCCUAUCCUCUCCCUGGACUGGCUGUACCAGUCCCGCAAGGCCGGUUGCUUCUUGCCCCCGGAUGACUAUGUGGUGACUGAUCCUGAGCAGGAAAAGAACUUUGGCUUCAGCCUCCGUGACUCCCUGAGCCGGGCUCGUGAGCGAAGGCUGCUAGAGGGCUAUGAGAUUCAUGUGACCCCUGGAGUCCAGCCACCCCCACCUCAGAUGGGAGAGAUCAUCAGCUGCUGUGGAGGCACUGUCCUACCCAGCAUGCCCCGCUCCUACAAGCCUCAGAGAGUUGUGAUCACGUGCUCCCAGGACGCCCCUCGAUGCACCACGCCUUUUCGGGUUGGGCUGCCCAUCCUCUCCCCGGAGUUCCUGCUGACAGGAGUGCUGAAGCAGGAAGCCAAGCCAGAGGCCUUUGUUCUCUCCACUUUGGAAAUGGCAUCCCCCUGAAAACCCCUCCCCAGUACCCUUUUUCUUCCCAGAUCAAUAAACAGAAUACAUUGGGGAGAAGAACUUAGGGCUUUAGGAAGGAUUGGGGUGUACUGAUCUGAUUUGUCUUGAAACAUGGGUGGGGCUGAAAAGGCUUAUAGGAAAACAAAGAUAGGGAGGUUGGGAGCCACAGAUACCUGAAGUGCGCUCAUCUUUAGGUGGACUGAUGUACCUACUGCUCAGUGCCCUGCCUCCCAUUCGGAAGCCAUCUCACUUUUCUUUGUUAUUGGAAUUCUUACUUAUCCUCCAAAACAUAGUAGAAACAAUUUCAAUGCCAGAAACUUGAAGGGAUGCUUGGAGUAAGUUUGAGGGUGGUUAUGGAAUGCUACGAAAAGAUUUACCUCUCUCCUGGCCCCAUCUUGUUAGAAGAUCCUUUAGCUUGGACUUUGAGCAAGUCUCUGCACUUUUUCAGGCCUGCUUUUCCAGUAUGUAUCAAAUUAGAGCUUAGGCUUAAACUUUAUGAUAAAUAAAUAUUCACUCUGUGCCUUA